AUGUUUAUCCCUACUUCGCUUGCAUCUGAUUUCGUUGCCUCUGUUAUCUCUUACUUGAGCUUUUCCACUCGCCGAGGGUUUUACCUCUUUCGCUUCUUCUGCAACUACGUUUACUUCUUCUCCGUCAGUUUGGACCUGAGAAUAUUUGUUGCUCUGAUUAUUGGUGUUGCUAAGGGUUUUUUUUUGAGGGAGUUUUCAUAUGGAUUUGGUUGCGUGUUACUUGUUUCUACUUUUGAGGCUUGGAUGGGGAAAUUCGAGUGGGGAAGCGAUGAUGAUGGUCAGGUUGACGCUAGUAAUGAAAUUGUUGCUGAUGGGAAUAUUAUUGGCUGGCUGGUGGCAUACACUGUUGUGCUACAUGUUAAACUUUUGCAAGUUGCAAAAUCUAUUGAUAGAAAGAUAGUUAUGUUGCAUAGCCUUAUUGUUGCUGGUAUGAUAUCAAAGAGUAAAAUGGAAGCAGAGACAUUAAGUCCCAACCACCCUCCUAGCUUUCUGCGUCAGUCACUUCCUGCUGUUGUACCUAUGCUUUUGAUUUCUACAGGAUAUAUUGACCCUGGAAAGUGGGUAGCGACUGUUGAAGGUGGUGCUCGGUUUGGGUUUGAUCUGAUGGCUUUCAUGCUUAUUUUCAAUUUUGCUGCUAUAUUCUGUCAGUACAUAUCUGCCAGGAUUGGCGUAGUUACAGGAAAAAAUCUAGCCCAGAUUUGCAGUGAUGAGUAUGAUACAUGGACAUGUAUGCUCCUUGGAGUUCAAACAGAACUUUCAGUGAUAAUGCUAGACCUUAACAUGGACAUUGAGAAGGCAAAAAUCCUAGGCCAGUUUGUUGCAGGCCUUGUACUGCUUUCAUUAAUUCUUGGACUGCUUAUCAAUCAACUAGAAGUACCAUUUCCUGUGCAUGGAAUACUAAUAAGGUUGAGUGGGGAGAGUGUAUUUGCGCUAAUGAGUCUUCUAGGAGCAAAUCUGGUACCUCACAACUUUUACCUUCAUUCCUCUAUUGUACAGUGGCAUCAGGGGCCCACAAGCAUUUCUAAGAAUGCUUUGUGUCAUAACCAUUUUUUGGCCAUAUUAUGUGUUUUCAGUGGUCUUUAUUUGGUGAAUAAUUUGCUGAUGAUCGCCUCGGCAAAUGAAUUCUUCAGUAUAGGGCAUGUUCUGCUAACAUUCCAGGAUGCAUUGUCACCAAUGGAACAGGUUUUAGGUUACCCAAUAGCUCUGCUUGGAUUUUUACUCCUUUUGUUUCUUGCAAAUCAAAUCACAGCAUUAACUUGGAGUUUAGGUGGAGAAGUAGUAGUGCAAGGUUUCUUAAAAUUGGAUAUUCCAGGUUGGCUUCAUUAUGCGACAAUUAGAGUGAUUACCGUCUUGCCUGCCCUUUAUUUUGUCUGGAGUUCAGGAGCUGAAGGGAUGUAUCAGCUGCUAUUAUUCACUCAAGUUUUGGUAGCUCUACAACUUCCAUCUCAAGUGAUCCCCCUUUUUCGAGUUGCUACAUCUAGAUCAAUAAUGGGUGUACACAAGAUUUCCCAGUUUCUGGAACUUUUGGCAUUGAUCAUAUUCAUUGGGAUGCUUGGUUUGAAUAUUGCCUUUGUGGUAGAAAUGAUGUUUGGAAAUAGUGAUUGGGCGAGUGAUUUGAGAUGGAAUGUGGGGAGUUGUGUGUCUGUCUCAUAUUUAGUCCUUCUAAUAGCUGCUUUUACAUCGUUAUGUUUUAUGCUUUGGUUAGCUGCCACACCUUUAAGAUCUGUUAGUGUGCGAUUAGAUUCUCAGACAUGGGACUGGGAUACGCCAAAGACUCAGCCAAAUCCACCAGUUAUCGGUGAAGAAUCGUAUUUAACUGAAAAAAGGUAUCGGGAAGAUGCAUCUAUGCAUGUGGGGGAAUCCACACCAGCUGUGGCAAAGACCUUGGAGUACUCAGAUGUGUCACUUUCAAGUUUUGAUCCUGCUCUACUUGAAUCUGUGAUGGAACCUGAACCCCAUGUAAAUGUUGCAAGGGAGAACCAUUCUGUUGAGUCGGCUUCCACAUCAGAGUCAGUAACAACUGUAAUUAAUGAGAUUUCCAAUUCUCAACUGGAAGACACCAAAACUGUAACAAUGGAAACAAAUAACCCAAUUGAGAAAACUAAGGAAGUUGAAGGAAAUUCAAAUGCUGAAAGGGAUGAUGAUGAUGAUGGAGAUUCAUGGGAAGCUGAAGAACCUUCCGGAGUUGUGUCAGCAAAUGUACCAUCUUCAACAUCUGAUGGCCCUGCAUCAUUCAGGGGUCUCAAUGGCAAAAGUGAUGAAGGAGGGAAUAGCUUUGGAAGUCUUUCGAGAAUAGGAGGCUUAGGGCGUGCAGCAAGGCGUCAGCUAGCUGCCGUUCUUGAUGAAUUCUGGGGACAACUAUAUGAUUUCCAUGGCCAUGUAACCCGGGAAGCAAAGGCUAAGAAAGUUGACCUUUUACUCGGAGUAGGUGUUGACUUAAGACCUACCAGUUCUUUUCCAAGAGUGGACGCGUGUAGAAAGGACUAUUCUGAAUACUUAGGAUCAGUAGGAGGUAGAACUUCUGACUCUUUAGUGAAGCCUGAUCCAUAUGAUUCUUCCGAGCAGCCUAGGAUGCAAUACAAUUCUGAGUUUUCUUAUGGCCUCCAAAGGAGUACUUCCUCAAGGCAGGCAAGUCCCAUUCAGUUAUUGGAUGCAUAUAUGCAGAACUAUAGCCACAAUCUCCUUGAUUCUGGUGAGAGGCGCUAUUCCAGUGCGCGCAAUCUACAUUCAUCAGAUGCUUUGGAUUAUGAACCAGCUACCGUACAUGGUUAUCAGACUGCGUCCUAUCUUAGUCGGCUGGGUAAAGACAGAGAUUUUGCAAACUUAAAUGGUCCCGUGGACUUGUCAUCGCUGAAAUCCCCUUCCAUAGUUAAUGCAAAGUACAGGGAUUCUCUUGCCUUUGCUUUGGGGAAAAGGUUGUGUAGUGGUCCAAGUGUAGGUCAACCCCCAGGGUUCCCAAAAGUAGCUAUCUCUAGAGAUUGCCAAUUACAAUCUGAGAGGUCUUUUUAUGACUUUUACCCUUCUGGUUCUGCAGAUAAUACAGUCAACUCAGCUAAUACUAAAAAGUACCAUAGUUUGCCGGACAUUUCAGGAUGCUCCAUCCCCCAGAGGGCUGGUUACGUGUCUGAUAAAAAUGCUAGUAGGACGUGUUAUGAAGGAUCACCAUAUUCAAAUUCUGGAUCAAGAACAGGAGGUCAUUUGGCCUUCAAUGAAUUCUCUUCAUCAAAAACUCACUACGAGGCACUCUCUUCACAGUUGAACUCUGGUUUUGAUGCUGGAUCCCUCCGCUCUAGACAACCUAGUGAGCAGUUUGGGCCUGAGAAAAUUCGUAAUAUUGCAACGGAAGGUGUCGGAAAUAGGUCUAAUGCCGUUGUUCAAGAAACUACUUCAUUUGUGGAUAUUGAGCAGAAACUUCUUCUGUCAGUUAGACUUUGCAUUGUGAAGCUCUUAAAAUUGGAAGGGUCUGAUGGGUUGUUUAAACAGAAUGGUGGCGCUGACGAGGAUCUGAUAUAUUGUAUUGCCGCAAGGGAGAAGGUUGUAUGUGAUUUUGAAAGGGAGACGACGAGUCAAGUCAAUCAUAUGGGUGAAGCUCACUAUUUUCUUUCUGAUAGGAAAUUAGGUUGCACUUCGUCUCUAGUCCCUAAUUGCGGGGAGGGAUGUAUAUGGAGAACAGAUUUGAUAAUAAGCUUUGGGGUUUGGUGUAUCCACAGUAUUCUUAACCUUACACUUGUAGAAAGCCGGCCAGAGCUUUGGGGGAAAUACACCUAUGUUCUCAAUCGCCUCCAGGGCAUAAUUGAUCCAGCUUUCUUUAAGCCUCGUAGGCCCUUGGCCCCAUGCUUUUGCCUUCAAGAUGUAAUGACGCGUCAGCAAAAGUUAAAUCCCCCUCAUGCCAAUGAGAUGCUACCCCCAACCGCAAAACCAAGCCGGGGAAAAUGCACAACUGCAUCAGUGUUGCUUGAACUUAUCAAGGAUGUGGAGUUUGCGAUCUCUAGCAGGAAAGGACGUACAGGAACUGCUGCAGGUGAUGUGGCUUUCCCAAUGGGGAAGGAAAAUUUGGCGUCCGUUCUCAAACGGUACAAGCGGAGGUUAUCUAACAAGCCACCGGGCACUAAUGAAUGCACAAGUUCACGCAAGACCCCACGUUAG